AGCUGGAAUAAACGAUGUCGCUGAUACAGUUCAGAACUGCGAAUGGUGUAACGUGAGCAAGAUGCAAUCGUUGCAACGGAACGCGAUGCGCUCGUCAUUACUAUUGCUGUUAUUCGCUACCGGCGCAUUGGCGUGCAAAGUCGAUAAUUAUUUUGACAAAAGAAUUGUAAUCCCCAUUAAAAAUGGCGUUCUCGAAGUAAACAUAAUUAAUCGGAUUAUGAGUCUCAAUCUCAGGAAGAAUGAUGGCGAGAAUAUGAAUAAUAUCCUCUAUACAAAGACACCACCGGGUAUACUGCAGACUCCCUUCACAUUGGACCCGAAUUGUGGUAGGGACCGACUUUGCAUAAAAAGCGGCAACGUGACACAUACUGUCAUUCAGGCCGGUAUGGGUAACGAAGUCAUUCAAGUUACUCGCGUGGUCGCCAAUCCGCGCGCCCAACUCAUCGAUUGCUACCAGUUCACCGAAGGCACGCAAUGGUUCGGUGGGCCACAACUCCGGUAUCAACAUUGGCCAAUACAGCACAUGUACUAUGAGGAGGAGCCAUAUGUACCGACGCAUCCUGCAAACAUGGCAUUGUCCGAGCGUUACUGGUUGUCCGGCAGAGGAGUCUACAUCUAUGUCAAUGAGACAAAUCCGCUGUUUCACGACCAGAAUAAUCAUCGGGACGGGUACCUGUGCCUGGUCGCCAAGAACAAGGCACCUUAUCGUCAACGCAAUAGUAUUCAGCUCAACUAUGAGGUGGGCGUCUUCGCGAAUCCAAGGCUCGCUCAUCAGCACAUGGUGAGGACCCAUCUGGGCAAACCCAACGGUCAUCCCAAUGAACGAAUGAUUCGGCAUCCCAUCUGGUCCACUUGGGCCAGGUACAAGGCUAACGUCACUGAGAAAGUGGUAGAGUCUUAUGCGGAUGAGAUCAUUGCCAAUAAGUUCAACAACAGCCAGAUUGAGAUCGACGAUAAUUGGGAGACUUGUUAUGGCUCCGCCGUGUUCGAUCCCAUUAAAUUCCCCAAUGUUAGCGCUCUCGUUCAGCGACUGAAGAGGAAGGGUUUCCGCGUUACUUUGUGGAUACAUCCGUUCAUCAAUAAAGGCUGCGAACCUGCCUAUUCCACCGCGUUGAACAACUCGUACUUCGUGAAGAGCCUCGACGGACGGGUAGAGAUGUCUUGGUGGCAAGGUUGGAACGCCGCCACGAUCGACUUCACGAAUCCAAAAGCGGUGACUUGGUGGGUAGCGCGGCUGAAGCUCCUCCAGAAACUUGGGAUCGACAGUUUCAAGUUCGACGCGGGCGAAGUGUCCUGGUUACCGCAGAUUGCAAAACUGAACGGCUCGCUCGACAUGCAGCCGGGAAUAUUCACGCGAGAUUACGCCCGGGCGCUCGCCGCCAACUUCGAUGACAAUAUCGAGGUGAGGGUGGGAUGGCGCAGCCAAGAAUUACCGAUAUUUGUCCGCAUGAUUGACAAGGAUACCAAAUGGACGUGGAAUAACGGUUUGCCCACGUUGAUCACGACGUUGCUGCAAAUGAAUCUGAACGGAUACGUCCACGUGCUACCUGACAUGAUCGGCGGGAAUGGUUACUUGGACGGGUCGCUCAACGGCACGGAAUACCCGUCUAAAGAACUGUUUAUCAGAUGGCUGCAGGCUAACGUCUUUAUGCCGUCACUGCAAUAUUCCUUUGUCCCGUGGGAUUUCGACAAUGAAACCAUUGCCAUCUGCAGAAGGUACACUGAAUUGCACGCUAAUCAAACGUCAGCGAUCCUAGGAGCCAUGCAGCAAGCUAUCAGAGACGGCACGCCUGUAAAUCCACCUAUUUGGUGGGUCGAUCCAACGAACAGGCAAGCUCACAAGAUUAAUGAUGAAUAUCUUCUUGGAGAUUCUAUACUAGUCGCACCAGUGAUUGAAGAGGGUGCUGUCAGUCGUGAUAUCUAUCUACCUGCGGGAAUUUGGGUCGAUCAAAAUCGAAUGACGAUCAACAUUGGACCAAGGUGGCUAAGGAACUAUCCUGCUCCCUUAGAUACACUUCCGUACUUCACGAGAUAAAUGACAUUAAAUUAAAGCGUUACUUACGAAAUAUUUAUUCGUAUAAAUAUAUAUAUGUAUAAUUUUGCUGUGUAUAUAACAUGUCGUAGAUUUUUAUUUCGCGAUUGUAUAAAUUUGUCGUCCAUAUAAAAAUAUAUUACC